AGACAGAAAAACUUGAACGAAUACGAUGACGGAACGAUAGAUGUUGAUUUAACGAAGAGCGGGAUGUUUACUGCACUCAUCAAUCACCCUUCUGUUUCCAAUUUUCAACGUAAAUUCUCAAGAAUGAAGAGAAAGGGGUUGAAAAUGCAAAACUUUCUGACUGCAGAUUGCAAUCGCUAAGUGGAGGGUAAUUGAGAAUGAAACUGCUGUCAAGAUUUACAUCGCGAGACGCCAAGCGUCGAGACGCUUUGACGAUAUAACGAUCACUGGAGCAAAAUAUGUGAGUCGCGCGUGCCGUCCCGCAUAUUGGUUUACACACCUCUCUAACUCGAAAACUCCAAAGCUAAACUGAAAAGCAGAAGUAAACUAUAAAGUGUGAGAUCUGACAGAGGCACGAUCGUGGUCUAUCGAUCAAAUGUACCGGUAGUUUAGACUACAGUAAGGGACACCCUUCGAAGAGCAUGUGUUCGCAGGGUUCAAAAAAAAGAGAACCGUGGGGAGCAAAUAAGGGAGAGAAGGGAGGAGCCACCACCGAUCUAGUGGGGAAGCUGCUGGAAAAAUAUGAUAUGACAAUGGAUGAGGUGCCUGAGUAUUAUGGUUGUCGCAAUUUGCCCGGAAAUAAGAUUAUCAUUAUGGAAGAUUUAAAUGCCAAGGGAUACGUUAUGAAGGAGUCGAAAUUAUUGGAUUAUUCUCAUGCGGCAAUGGCAGUUCGAUGUCUCGGUAAAUUUCACGCUUGCAGUUUUGCUCUUCGAGACAAGAGACCAGAAGAAUUUGAACUUUUGAAGAACAUUGAAGAGCCACUUUUUCCCGCUCCAGAACAACUUUCGGAUCAUUUUGACGCACUGAUGGAUGUUGCCCUUGAGGCAAUUAAAGAUGAAGAUGAAUAUUACACAGCGAGUGUCAAAGGACUCAAACAAAAUUUAACCCAAUUAAUAACCGAUGCUUGCGAUGGUAAAAAUUCUGAACCGUAUGCCACUCUUAAUCACGGCGAUAUGUGGACAAACAAUAUGCUCUUUAAAUACAACGAGAAUCGAGAACCGGUGGAUUUUCGUCUACUGGACUACCAACUCUGUCGCUAUGGUUCACCAUCAUUGGAUUUAAUGUACAUGAUAAUGACGUGUUGCACUCCGGAAAUGAGGAGAAAAUAUUGUAAUCAAUUGUUACACGACUAUUACGACUCGUUGUCGAAUUGUCUAAAAAAUAUGGAUUGUGAUGUUAAAAAAUUGCUGCCAUUCAAAGUUCUCAUUGGUCAUUUUCAAAAGUUUGGAGUUUUCAGUACGAUUAUUUCUCUUGUGGAUAUUCAUCUUAUUGCACAGCAAGAUGGAGAGGAUAUUCAACCACUCACUGAUAUUGAAUAUAUCAAAAGCUUGCGAAAUCGUUUAAAAACCAACAAGUUGUAUUACAAUAUGAUGAAAUCUGCCGUGAAAGACAUGGUAGACAAGACUUUUAUAUGUGUACCGUACUAAUUCUUAAUUAAUCGGAUUGUAUAUCUAUACAUAUUAAAUUCAUUUAUAUUUAUUCAAUCUUU